AUGCCGCCCGUCACUAUUCCCGCCGCCCGGUUACAGUUCAGGCCGCCCGUCACUGUUCAGGCCGCCCGUCACUGUUCAUGCCACCCGUCACUGUUCAUGCCGCCCGUCACUGUUCAUGCCGCCAGUCACUGUUCAUGCCGCCCGUCACUUUUCGUGCCGCCCGUCACUGCUCGUGCCGCCCGUCACUGCUCGUGCCGCCCGUCUCUGCUCGUGCCGCCCGUCACUGCUCGUGCCGCCCGGUCACUGCUCCUGCCGCCCGGUCACUGCUCCUGCCGCCCGUCACUGCUCCUGCCGCCCCGUUACUGUUCAUGCCGCCCGAUUACCAUGCCAUGCCAUGUCCUCGUGCUCGUUUCCGCCCUUGCUCGUUUCCGCCCUUGCUCGUUUCUGCCGACAGUGACGGGCGCAGCUGGGCAACGCACUCGUCGUUCCCUUGCUCUGCACUCGUUGUUCCCUUGCUCUGCACUCGACGUUACCUUGCUCUACACUCGUCGUUCCCUUGCUCUGCACUCGUUGUUCCCUUGCUCUGCACUCGCCGUUCCCUUGCUCUGCACUCGUCGUUCCCUUGCUCUGCACUCGUCGUUCCCUUGCUCUGCACUCGUCAUUCCCUUGCUCUGCACUCCUCCUCACCCCCCUGUUUUCCCAUCCCCCACUGUUCAUCCUAUUGCUUCCCCAUCCCGCACUGUUCACCCCACUGUUUCCCCAUCCCGCACUGUUCACCCCACUGGUUCCCAUCCUGCACUGUUCACUCUCCGCUCUGGUCUGGAUGAGGCUCGGAGAGCCAUGCUGUCACACCUGCCAUCCUGCCACCCCUCCCCACCCCGCCUUGCGCAGGUGGCCUUCUCUCGCUGCAGGGCGCCGUGA